GGGGCACACAGCUCCCCAUUUUGCGCGGCAUUCGCAGCAAUGGAAGGAGCAGCAAGGAUGAUUGCGGUGCCAGAUGCUUCGCCAGAGGAGCGAUGGAUCCAGGCGCUAUGGACUGGGGGAACCAACCUUGCGCUGCUGCCCGCCAUUGUGCUAACGGGUCAGUUGGACAUGUACUUCGAGAGCGUGGUAUGUUCUUUCGCCCUGUUCACCUCCAGUAUGUACCACGUGUGCCAGAGCCUCCGCUGCAGAUGUCUAGGUUUUAAUUCUGGCAGAUGGCAUCACAUGGACAAUGUUUUUGCAAUCACUGGAUUGCUCGUGAGCAUUGUGAACUUCUCCCAGGUCCCGAGGCCUUCCUCCUGGCGGGAACUGCGGAACACACUGGUGGUCAGCAUUGUGAUCUGCGCUCAGAUCUCAUCUCCCUGGGACUUGAUGCACAGCAUCGGUCCUUUGGCAGUGGGAGUCGUCCUCAUGUUUCUUGAGAUGAUCUACCUGCGAAGGUUGCCGACCCUCUGCAAGGCCGACCUUGUGAAGGCCGCGCUGUGCGCUUGUGGAGGUGGCCUGUGUUUCUACAAAGGCCUCGACCAGUUCGAAGACUGGCUCAGACUCUGGCACGGGGGGUGGCACAUCUUUGUGGGCGCCAUGUUGUACUACUGUGUGAGGGCCCAAAACCCACGGACCCGAGUGGCGGCAAAGGACGCCUGAGCAAUGGGAGGA